AUGCGACAAUCUACCUUCCCAUGCAUUCUCUUGUUCUUGAUGUUAUGCUGUACAUCUGGCAAAUAUUUAUCUGGAAAUAUCAAAAAUGGACAAAGUUGGGUGUUCGUCUCUGAAUUUUCCUUCGUUGAUGAUCAAGGAAAGCUGGAAUACAAAGUGGAAUAUUCUGUAACAGGAGAAUGUUGUCCGAGUUUGGCGUAUUAUUCUCACGACUCGUAUAAAACCGUUUCAACCAAUAAUGACAUGGACUGCCAAUCUAAGCUUUCUCGUGCUCAGGGAAUUGUUAAAUUUCAAAGUACACCGACGAACGGCAGUUCAAACAUCUCAGGAAAUUAUUCAUCACAAUGCUUCCAUAUCAUCGACAAAAAUCUUCAGAAAUGCUCGGGUAUUCUUCGUGUUUAUUCACCAGACCAAUGGUGGUUCUUUGCACUAAGUCACUGUAAUAGUUCACAGGGAUUGGACAUUUCUUAUGAAUUUACUUUUACAAACAGUGACAACUGGGAGGAACAUUUAUCAGGUGAAGAAAUGCAUGGCGUUGAGAAUCUAGCAGUGUCAUUUGGAUCCAUACUUGUUUUAUUUGGGAUUGGUUUACUCUUUGCACGAAGGCUUCUUCAAGUGGGCAAACUACACAAGGCCUUCAAAGUGUUCAUGGCAUCAUUAAGCUGUGAAGUAAUCGCUCAGCUUCUUAUUUGUAUAUACUACAUACCUUAUGUCCGAGGUGGAAUACAAAUUCCCUAUUUAACAAAUGCUGCAGAGCUACUCCAUCUUACAAGCCAAGUCACUUUUAUUCUGCUACUAAUUUUGUUGGCACAUGGGUGGACGAUGACCAAAGCCCGCAUCAGCAGAGAUCUUGCUAAGUUUUGUUCGCUGCUCGCCUUUACCUACGGAUGUCUGUUCGCGUACAAACAGGCAUUUUCCGACCAUCUGAUUGCCCAUUUUUUUCUCGAAGGUCUUGCAGAUAAAGGGUAUCAAUUUCUACGGAUAAUUGCUUGGGUUUGUUUUGCAUUUGGGCUAUAUUUGUCCUUCCGAAAUCAUUCUGAUAAGAAAAUAUUCUACCUUUAUUUUGGAGCUCUCUGUUCCGUGUGGUUUUUGUUUGAACCAUUAUCUACCUUAGCAUUCUCUUUCCUUCUCAGCGGGCCAAGUUCAAUGAAAAUAAUGCGACUUUUUCGCUCAACUUGGCUUGAUAUACUGGGGUUUGGCGGAAUUUUGCGUCUUAUGCUACCAAGUAUGGUUGAUGUGGUUUUCCCUCAUCGUGUUCCUGUAAACGAAGUUGAUACUGUACAAGUUCAAGAUUGGAACAAUUUUCAGCGAACAGAGCACUUAAAUUAUCAUUUCUAA